AUGCUGAGGUCUCUUCCCCACACCUCUGUGGCCCCAUUUAGUAGAGGCCCCCUGCGGAGCCGACCGAAGGCCACCCGCAUCAGCGCCAAGCUGACACUCGUUCCCAAUGGCGAUGGCAGCAAGGACCAUCUGAAGGGGGAGGAUGAUGUGGUCCAGCCUGGGCCCAUCUCGUUGAGGUCCGGCACGCUGGAGCUGGGUCGCAGCAGUAAUGCCGACAUCCGACUCGACAUCCCCACCGUGUCGGGGAAGCAUGCUCGGAUCAAGGUGGAGAGCAGCAAGAUCCUGGUGACCGACCUGGGCUCCACCAAUGGAACGUUUGUAGACGGCAAGGAGCUGCCCGCGAAUGAGGAGAGGGAAGUCCUGCCAGGCGGGGAGGUGACCUUCGGCGACGUCUACCUGGCAAAGUUCAGCCUCGAGGAGAGUGCGGACGAGGCCUCUGCCACUUCCACCCAGGACACCGAGUGA